AUGGACUAUGUUAUGAAACACAUGGUGCGGUUUCAGAAGUAUUUACAUAUAGAGGAUGGAUUUACCUCGGGGUCACGUGUGACGACUGCUUACCCAGUGGACUACGGCAGUCAUCCAACCAUUUGGAUACAUCCCAUGGAUAUCACAACCAAGACAUUCGCUUCCUACCUCCCUCAUAUCUUGCGCGACCUUUCUACCUGCGCUUUUGUAUCUCUGGACUUUGAAUUCUCUGGCAUUGCCAUCGCUCCUCCGGGUCGAAGUGGGGGAUCCACCACUCUUCAAGAGCGUUAUCUCGAAACCAAAGCUGCCGCCGAGAAAUACAACAUCGUCCAGGUGGGUUUGACCAUCGCCCAGGAGGACCCGCACACAGCAACGUAUACAUUGCGGGCCUACAACUUCUAUCUAAGUCCUGCUAUUGACCGUCGCCUGGACUUGAGUCGAGACCUCUGCUUCCAAACCGGCGCUGUUGAGUUCCUUCUGGACUGCUCCUUCUCUCUGGACUCGCUCUAUAAAAAUGGCGUUCCCUACCUCUCCCGAGAAGAAGAAGCCCAAGUAUGGACCAUUUCGCAGGCCAGAGAGAACCGUCCUGUCCGGACAGAGCUGGACGUCAAAGACACCGAUUACGAGUCGAUUGCCUUUUUGGACGCAGUCCGGCAACUAAUCGAUGAAUGGCUCGCUUCGGGUGAUUCCAAAAGGCCCCGUGCAUCCUAUCUGAAUAUCCCCCCACCGAGUAAUCCCGCCACGGCAUCACGCUUCUCCAAGGCCAUGCCAUUGACCUUGAAUAAGUUCCACAAGUCCUUGGUCCACCGCUUGAUCGAGAUCAUCGAAUACGACGAGGAACGUGAGAAGGCAGUCAUCGAGCAGCGGUUGAAACGGACCAAGGAGCGGAUCCUAGCUCAACGGGGGUUUCGAUGGAUUGUAGAGGCGCUCGUCGGAGGAGACCUCUCUGAUCUUCAUGCGCGGCUCUUCACAGACCGACUGGAGAGCUUAUCAGCCCAGUACGGAGGCCGAAUGCCAGGUCAGACCGUUGACGAAUUUUCCGCCCAUCUGUUGCAGCGACUGAAAGAUAGCCGGCCUGUAUUGGUCGGACACAAUCUCUUUACAGAUUUGAUUUAUCUCUACCGCAACUUCUUAGGCCCUCUGCCGGAAACCGUUGCAGAGUUCCAGCGCAAGGUGCACGAGCUCUUCCCUACUGUCGUGGAUACGAAAUACAUGGCCACACAUAACUGCGGCUCGAUUAAUCCCAAGUCAUCACUGGCAGAGAUCAACGAGAGCAUGAUGAAACUACCGACGCCGGCGAUCAAAAUACAUCCCCAGCACUUCAAGUACUCAGCCACAAAGGUCGACCAUGAAGCCGGUUACGAUAGCAUGCUUACGGCGCAGGUGUUCAUAAAACUCUCCGCCCAGUUGCAUCGUGAAAUGGCUGGUCGAACUACGCAGGACGGGGUCCCUCCAGGGAGUACGGUUCAAACCGUCCAGGUAUCAGCACAGCGAUCGACCGCAACACAUACCAUUAGCAAUAGAUUUGAGGCAUUGACGGUGGAGUCGUCCGAGUCAACUGGCGUCCUUCCGCAGUCGAGCAUCACGGACAAGGCCAACACCGGCCUCCUCAUACCUCGGGCGCCCGAGUUCUGGAGCACAUAUGGCAACAAGCUGCGUGUUUUUGGAACCGACGAGAGGAUACUAGGCAGCUUAAUACAAGCUGUGUGCAGGAAAUGUUUGCAGCGUCUAUCUAACAGUACACCUUGA